AUGGCCGACAUCUACUUGAUGAACGCUCAUCAAGAAGAACGUCCCCUUCAGCAGCAGGAGGAUGCACAGCCCCCCCACAUUAAAGAAGAAGAGGAGGAUCCCUGGGUUACUCAGGAGGAAGAGUUUCUUCCAGGGCAGGAGGAGACUGAUCUCAGCAAGUUUCCACUGACAGUUGUCUCUGUGAAGACUGAAGAGCAUGAAGACAAAGCACCUGAGUCCUCACAGCUUCAUCACAGUCCAAACAUUCAACAGCCCCUUCACAUUAAAGAGGAAGAGGAUGAUCCACAGCCCACCCACAUUAAAGAGGAAGAGGAUGAUCCACAGCCCACCUACAUUAAAGAGGAAGAGGAUGAUCCACAGCCCACCCACAUUAAAGAGGAAGAGGAGGAUCCACACAUGAAAGAGGAAGAGGAGGAUCCACACAUGAAAGAGGAAGAGGAGGGAGAGUGUGUUGUAGGGCAGGAGGAGGAUGAUGUCAGCAAGUUUCCACUGACUGUUGUCUCUGUGAAGACUGAAGAGCAUGAAGACAAAGCACCUGAGUCCUCACAGCUUCAUCACACCUGA